AGUUUGAUUCAACCAGCAAUGGAUAAAACAAUCAAAAUAUUUCUCCUCUCAUUAUUUAUUCUUUGUCUCUCACACUUAGUGACAUCAGAGAAAAAAUGUGUCGAAGAAACUUAUGGCCGGUGCAUGUACAAUAACUAUCGCUAUAACAAUGGAAGCUACGUGAGAAAGGUGAAUUAUUUUCAUGGUGAUAGUCGCAGAUGUGUUGAAUAUUAUUGCCAAAAUUCACAAAUCAUUCGAGUUGACCGUUACUGUGAAGUUUUAAUUCCAAACGAAGGAUGUCGCAUAGUUGAAAACAAAAAAUGUUGUUUUAAAGAAAUUUGCGAUGCUAAAAUAAUUGGAGGUGGAUGUACUGAAGGUGGUAAUUAUUUCGAAAACGGUGCAGUUACAAGACAACAUCCACUGCAAGAUGGCAGUGGAUGCCUUAUUUAUACUUGCAUUGAUGGAAAUGUCAUAAAAUCUUUUGGUAAUUGUUUAAGAUCAUUUGGCGUCCCUACCACUAAUAUUCCACGCGUUCGAUUACGAGCUAGUGAUGAGGGUGUAUGUGUCGUCAAUAGAAGAGUUUAUGGCAAUACAUCUUUUGUGGAAAAACGAGAUCUUACUAAAUAUGGUGGCACAUGUGUUGAAAUAUAUUGCAUAAAUUUAGAUCUCAUUGAGGUUAAACCUGUAUGUCAACCAAUAACUGAAAGGGAAGGCUGUCGUAGAAUAGAGGAACGAUAUAAUAAAAAAUGCUGUCCAAUAGAGCUUUGCGAUGGUCAAUGUUAUAAUGAAGGAGCUUAUGUUGAGAGUGGUACACUUCAAGUGCAAUUUAAUCGAACUGAUCGUGGGACCUGUGGAUAUGAUACUUGUAUUAAUGGACUUAAUCACAGGACUGAUGGCGAGUGUCUAACUGCGGAUGAUAUAUCUGGAGUCUCUCAACAUCCUUGGUUUUUGAAAAAGUAAUGAUCAUGGAUCGAUGAUGUUCUGACAUAAAAAACUCUAAAAAAUCCGUCUUUAUGAGAAAACUUAAACGAUUUCUAGUAGAAAUUUUGCCGAUUUCCUUUUCCCUUAUCCCUCAAAAAGGGAUUUUGAGAGAUAUUUCAAUCUCUUAUCUUCAAAUGAAACAAGCAACUUGUUAAAAAUCUAUUACACACUAAAAUUCCAUUAAAGUAAAAUUUCCUCUACAUUUCAUAAAAAUGAGUAGAUUAAUGCUGUUGUUCCAACUCGAAAUUCAAUUAAUAUAAUAAUUAAAUAUAUUUUGGUGCACAAUGUUCAGAAUGUCCACGCUUUUCCGAUCCAGCAUUAACUAUUGUUUGGCUAAUUUUUAUAUGUGAACUU